UCUGCUUGAAAAGACUGCUGCGUUUCAAGUAUUGAUCAGGCCCCUUCUAGAGGAGCUCUGAUACCAAUUGUGAAGGAUACGUGUUUACAGAAUAAUAGGGAGAAUAUCUCUUAUUGAAUUGAACAAAAGAAAUGGCUCUUAAAUAGCCUUACAGAAACUGAAUCAGAGAAAAAAUAGCCCACUCUAACAAACACUAAAAAUGUGGGAUAGUGGCAAGAGAAUAGAUAAAAGCAACAACUCACUAACAGCACUAACAUUGCUUAUUCUAACUGACAGUAAAUUAACGUUAAAUAAAAACAAUUUUAACAGAAUCUACAUCACGGUGAUAAUUUUCGUAUGGAUCAAAGAGGAAAAGGGAAGGUGCUUACCUAUCGGAGCAACUCUGGCGGUUCUUCCAUAUGUCGUUGUUGAGCACGAAGGUUCAGAGACCUCUGUUUCUUCAGGCUCUGAGUGGAGGAUGAAGCAUCGAGGGAAAAUGUACUUCCAAAGCAAGACACUUGAAAGUUAUGACUCAAUUCUGCUAUACCAAAUGGUGUUAAUAAAAGGGCCCUCCAAAACUAAGGAUGUAUGGAAUCACAGAUCUAUGUUUGACAGCAGGUUUAAAGUUCUUGAAGAAAAAUGUGGUGGCUUGUUUGAAGACGUGAACCAAAAUUUAUGGAGUCAAACGGAUCAUAAAGGAAAAUCAUGGCAUGUUGGAAGAACUCCUUGAAAAUUGAUGAAAAAGUGGAUUUAGGGGUUAGGGUAUUUAGUUUUACUUUUAUCAAAUGUUAGACAAAAAAGUCAACAAUUGACCAAAGUCAACUUAAAGUCAACAAUGUGUAUUUUUGUAUAGAACUUGGCUUUGUAUAUCUUGUAAUGAAACUUGGAUUGUAAUGAGUUUUGACUUUUGAAUUGUGGCAUGUGACUUAUUCUUCAAGAAACAUUUUUCCCUCCAAA